GCAGAAGGAAGAAAGACGUACUUUGACACUGAAGAUCCAAAUUUCAUUACAUUGCAAAUGCAAAAUUCUAAAGAAUUCAAAACUAGUAUGGAUUAUUUCAGAAGCCAACUCAACAAACUUUUAGAAAAACUCAAUGAAAGGACUGUACCAUUUUGGUCACCUCGUUAUAUGGGUCACAUGGUUACAGAAACAACCAUGCCAAGUAACCUUGGUUACGUGGCAGCCUUACAAUACAACCAAAACAAUAUUGCUACUGAAGGUUCUCCACUAACCACUUUGCUCGAAGCUGGUGUUGGAAAUCAGUUGUGUGAAAUGCUUGGAUUUAACAUAGAUAAUAAUCUAAACAUCAAUUUGGACAAUCUUGACAAAAAAAAUGAAAAUAUUUACAAUUUUGGCCUUCACGAAAUACAAAGCUGGGGUCAUAUAACGUGUGACGCACGUAACCUUAAAUUCUAUGCGCUAUCCCUUCGCCUUGCUAUUGAGGAAGGUCAAUUGUCGUUCAUUGGCAGGAAUUUUACUGUUGAGUUAGCCAAUGGCUUGGAGAAUAAGCUUCUUAUGAAUUGUACCACCUGGGAAUUGCUUAACCUCAAACCGACCACUGUGUUAAAUAUCCCUGAAAGGCUUUUUCAAAAGUAUGGAAUUUCUCCUCAGUUUUUACAGGCUUCUCUCAAGGACUACUCCAUUCAGUCUGUAGGAAAAGAUUAUCUAGAGCAAAAAUUUGGUAUCACGAAAUCAUCAUUAUAUUUUGCAAGUAGCACACAUCAUUAUUCAUGGCCUAAGGGUUGUGCCAUUGUUGGAAUUGGAUCCGGAAAUUUGAAAAGCAUUCCAGUAGACAAUGCGGCACGAAUGGAUGUUAAAGAGCUUGAUAAAGUUCUCUUCGAAUGCGUUAGAAAUAAACAAGCUGUUUAUGCAGUAGUUGCGAUUAUGGGAACAACCGAACAAGGUGCUUGUGAUCCUUUAGCCGAUAUAGUAGCGCUUCGAGAUCGAUAUCAACGCAGAUAUGGACUUAAUCAUAAUACUCUUGUUCCUAUUUUGGCGUUAAAUCCUUAUACAAGAAAGCAUUUAUAUAGUCUAAAAGAUUGUGACUCUGUCACUAUUGAUCCACACAAAAGUGGAUAUAUCCCAUAUCCUGCUGGUGGUUUAUGUUAUCGAGACCAACGCAUGAGAUAUCUGGUCACGUGGACAAGUCCAGUCGUAACUCGUCCUAAGGAAGAAAGUAUGGGAAUUUAUGGUGUGGAAGGAAGCAAACCUGGUGCAGCUCCGGUAGCUGUUUGGCUUUCUCAUGAUGUAAUCGGCCUUCAUCAAAAAGGUUAUGGUACAUUAUUUGGACAGGCAACUUUUACUUGCAGCAAGAUGUAUUGUCAUUGGGCUACUAUGUCAACUGAUGAUGAUGACUUCAUCGUUGUUCCGUUCAACAUGUUACCUGUUGAAAGGCUCAAUCCACCAAAUCUAAAGGAAAAUGAAGAAGCAUUAAAUUUAAUUAAAAAUGUUGGUUCUGAUCUUAUCAUAAACACUUUCGCAUGCAACUUCAAAGUGAAAGGCGAAGUGAACGAAGAUCAGAGUGCAUAUGGUCAUUGUCUUACGAAUUUUAAGAACCGUCUCGGCUUAAAGGGUGACCAAGACCUCUAUGUGUUAAUUAAUGUAGUUAUGUCUCCUUGGCCUACGGAGUUUGGUUUUAUCUCUAUACUUACAAAUGCUUUUAAACAAUCUUUGAAAGAGCUGGCUGAGCUUUCAGCUAUACGCAAUGCAAAAAUACCCAUUUACUCUAGCAGAAUUCUAUCAGUUAAGGAACGCAAUACAAAAAUACCCAUUCACUCCAGCAGAAUUCUAUCAGUUGAGGAAACUCAAUUAAUCGAGAAAAGCUACUAUCAUUUAUUUGUCAUUCAAGGUACAGAUGAAAUUUAUUUAGUGCACUUGCCAUUGUUUCAAUUAGAAACCCAUCGUUAUCAAGUCAUUAUCAAGGUUGAAAUACCGGAAAGAAUAAUGGAAUUGUAUAAGAGCCUUCGUAAAAGAAACCCCUGGAAAGUGAUGUUGAUUUGUUACCAAGAAAAUAUUACAAUAGAUCAAAUUACAGCCGAAGGAUGUUCUUUCAAAGCACAUAUUAUAGAAAAUUUUAAUCCUUACACAGUAUUAAAAGAACGUUCUAAAAUGUCUUCAAUAAAAAAUUUCAAUGUGAAAACCAUUAAAUUGCUCAAGAAGCGCAACUUGGGAUUAUCCUAUCAAGAUACAGACUAUCCGAUAGAUCAUAUUCCAUUUUACAUUUAUGGAACAGAAGAUCAAUUACAUAUUGAUCACUUAAUUCUUAAAUCACCCUCUAUUCAACUUUCGGCUGAGAAUGUUCAAAUUGAGUUCACGUCGGGAAAAUUUACAAGAGAACAGAAAGGGAAAGGAGCUAUUGUUCACAUAAUUGCAAAAGAAGAAGAGGAUG